AAAAAUGAAGUGCGCCCUCCAGUGACCAACGGGGUGAGCAACGAUCAGCCAUAAGAUGCGGCUGCACGAUGUUUGUCCCUCACGACCUGCUGUUGAACCAGUAAUGUCUGCUCACUUCAUGGCGGGUCAACCUUGGCGUUUCUACAGGACUCUGCACAGAUGUGGCAAGCACUCAGCUCCACUCUGGGCUCCUGCACGGCUGUGGAGCUCCAGCUCAGAGUCUCCUCCUCUGCACACAAGAGCGCUGCUCUUCCUCACCCAACGCUUUUAUGAUGUGGAGCUGCUCAUGGGCUUGAAUUCGGAGCUUAAGAGGCGGACUGUUCAAUGGAAGAAUAGCUACAACAGCUACGCUCGUCAACGUCUUGGGAUGAACAUUGCAUUGGCACAUUUUGUGUUGAGACUGAAAGGUGGUUUUAGGUAUGUUGGUCAGGAUGACUGGUUUCGUGUUGACAAGAGGGGCAAGUUCUCCUGGGACUUUCUCAAUCACAAAAACACACCCAUAGAGGAGGUAGACUUGAGCCACUCUCUCAUCAACUUCACAGGACUACAGAGUCUGGAGGGUCAACAGUCUCUGAGGACUCUGUCAUUAAGAGGUUGCUCUCAGGUGGAUGACUGGUUCCUGGCCAGGCUUCAUAUAUUUCAAAACUCUCUUGAGGAACUGAAUAUCUCUGACUGUCCACAGAUCACAGUGGGAGGCCUGGCUGCACUAAGAAAUCUCAGCAUUCCCUCUUUUGUGUGCUGCAGGGGACUCCGGUAUCUGGACAUUUCUUCCCUUCCCAGGAUUUCUAGUCCUGGUUUAGUUGUCAUCUUGUUGGAAGAAAUGUUACCCCAGUGCCACAUCGUUGCCACUGGCUAUGACCUCAGUAUGUUCCAGGACACAGUGGAGGAUGAAAAGGAGAUAAAAGAGCAAGGAAAGACUGACAACAGGUGUGGGACAUUAACAGAGGCAUCAACAGUAUGAUAACAAAAGGAAUUGAAAUUGUAUAAUUGUUUUGCAGACACGGCAGCAUAAACAAAGUGAGAUGUAAAUACUGUAUAUUGAUGGGGGUUAAGGAAGUAACCAUACAUCAUGGAAAUAAAGCCGUACCCUUAAAAAUAAUUCAUUUCUGUUUCAAAAAAUACUCACCCUCUCUCACUGGUACAGCUAAUAAUUGGAGAGGAAGGCUCUUUUAGCUCGUUGAACAAUAUGGUUUGGCAACAAGCAAUUACAGAAUAAUUAACCACCUGCAGCCACAUAAUGAUCACUUUUCAGGCCAAAUAGUUGGAUUGUGUUUGUAAUUCUUGAAUCAAGCAACAAUUCCUUCGUGUCCCAGUAAUGGGUUGGUGAGUUAAAUGCAAAAGAUCAAUUGUAUUGUCUAUACGUCUGUUUAUGUACAAUGACAAUAUAGGUGAUUUUUCUUCUAA